AUGGAAGUUUCCCCUGAAACAAAACUUAACAAGCAGUUAGCAUUUAGCUACCAGAGUUUUAGUUCAAAUCAGGUGGAAGACGGUUCAUCAUCCAUUGACUUGAAUAGAAAACAUGAUCCCAUCCCUCUGAAGCAGCUGGUCUCUGGUAGCCCAAAUCCGUCUGACCAACAUCUGUCCAACAUCAAAGAGACAGAUGACUUGUCCAGCGGGGACACACCUGUUCCUGUCUAUGUUGUGUCAAUCAUUAUUGCAGCUGGAGUGACCUUUGCAUUGAUCCUGCAGAUUUACCUGGGUGGAGGUUUGGUAUGUCAUACCAUUGCAUUUGCAAGUCAAACCACUUGCAUCACUGCAUUAUUCAUCCUCAAUACUGCUGCUCCACAGGCCUCCAUAAAUGGUGCGCUGGUGUCGGAUCAUGAGCGCUGCACUGCACUCGGUCAAAGAGUCCUUCAGGACGGUGGAUCCAGCGUGGAUGCAGCUGUGGCUGGUGUCCUGUGUCUGGGUGUUGUGCAUCCACAUGUGUCAGGUGUUGGUGGGGGAGGAGUGAUGCUGGUUCAUGACAUCCAUAAGAAUGAGACCAGGGUGAUAAAUUUUCAGGGGACUGCACCUAAAACAUUCAGAAAGGAGAUGCUGCAUAAUGUUUCAGGGCUUAAGAGAAGAGAAAGUUUUCCGGUAUUUAGUGCUUUGGUCAAACAUGUAAUAUCACAGAUUCACUGCAGUCUGUCUUGGGAGGAUGUUGUCAGCAGAGCUGCAGAUGUAGCCAGAGAAGGUUUCACUGUGACAGACAGUCUUGCUGACGCAAUAUCAAAGGUGGAAAGUGAGCAGCUGUCCCAACGCUUCAGGGACAUUUUCAUCCCAGAAGGCCGAGCUCUGCGUGCUGGAUCAUUUGUGAGGAUUCCUGGUCUGUCAGGAGUCUUGGAGGCUGGUUUGUUGAAUUUCUACUAUGGGAACUUAUCACAAGAGAUAGAGGAUGAGGUACGAGCAAAUGGAGGCGUCCUGAGCAGAGAAGACAUCAGUAACUACAGCGUGGAGGUAGAACAACCACUUGAAGUCCAGUACAGCGACUAUAUAAUUCAAGUUCCUCCACCUCCAUCUGCUGGUGCAGCGCUGAUAUCAGCUCUCAACAUUUUAAGUGAGAACAAUAUCACAGAAAAUCAAACUCACCCCUGGAUUGAUGAGACUGAGCUGCUUCUCCAGAGGAUGAAUGACUCCCACACACCUCCAUCUGACUCCACUGCUCAGUCUCUGCACGCAGUGCUACUGGCUGGACAAGUCAUAGUCAUGGGACCAGAUAACCUCGUGGUCUCUGUUGCAAGUUCCUUGAACAGGCCAUUUGGGAGCAGAAUCAUAACCCAGUCAGGCAUCAUCCUCAACAGCCUCCUCCUUGACUGCAUCUGGUCAAACAAAACUCAAGGACAGCUUCAAACUCAACAGGUGCAACACUAUUACGAAUCAUAUUAAAUAAAAUCACUCAAAUACAAGGCUUUAUCUUCAUUUGUACUCUAGAAAAACAGUGCAGACUCAGAAGAGAGACCCCUAUUGUUACUAAUGCCCAUAAUAAUGGUGCCGGCUUGGCGUAAAUGUGGCAUCUACACGGCACUCAGCAGCUCAGGUGGACAAAAUGUUCUACAUACAGUCACUCAGGUUUGAUCUCCGUGCAUUAAUAUUACUAUUAAAUUGAAUUCAGAGGGUUUUUUUUCAUGAAAACAUUUAACACACAGACUAUUUGUGUCCUCAAGGUGCUGACCAGUGCUCUACUCCUCCAUAAAGAGACAAACGACAGCCUGAGAGGAGUCCAGCCUCAAAGAAACAGUCUUCUUGUUGACUCUGCGUCUCCAGAGGAAAGUGUGCAGUUUGUUCAUGCAAAGGGACACGUAGUUCAGAGAGGGAAGACUAACUCUGCUGUCCAGGGGAUCCAGAGGAAGGAAAAUAUCAUUCAGGUCAUAAAAGUCUGAGAGUUUAGUGUAGUGUAAUUGUUCUCAUGGACUUUACUUUUACAUAUAAAUAUUCACAGAGCUGUUUUUUGCUGCCUUUGUGAUAAUAAAUGUUGUGUGGUGAUGUCUAUUGAUAUGAGUCACUGGCUAAAAACAAC